AUGGAAAUCGAUUUCGCUCAUUCACAUAAUCCGACUUUAUUUGGUUCAUUGUCAGUUUCCCCACCGACAUCAAUGCUUGAUUCAUUUUCUCCAUUACUUCAUUUAAAUGACGAUUUUUUGGAUGUCUUAAAUCCAACAACAACGACAACAACAACAGAUGAUGAUGCAGAUGAUUGGAUGAAACCAUUAUUACUUGAUCAAUUAUUUGAACAUGAUUUUUUAUCUCCACAAUUUUCAAAUGAUGAUAUUGAAAUAAAACAAGAAAAACAACAAGAUGAUGAGAAAAGAAAACUAACAACAUUAAAUAAUAAUUGCUCAUUUAUUAUUGAUGAAAAAUUUCUUUCAAAUAAUUAUUCUCAACAACAGCAUGAAAAUGAUUUUUUUGAUUUUUUUCAACAACAUUCAUCGGAACAACGUUUACCAACAACAACAACGACACUUCGUCUAAUACAUCAACCAAAAAUUGAACCAGCUGAAUUACCAACAACAUUAUAUCUUAAUGGAAAUGAAUUACAAUUUCAUCCAAUUGUUACAACUAAUAAUACAAUGGGACAUACAUAUACAACAACAACAUCAUCACCUAUGCCGUCUGUUCCAAUACAACCGUCUGUACCUAUUGUACCAGCUAGAGUAUUAAAAGGAAAAAAAUUUAAACGCGGUGGUCGAGUUUCAUCUAGAGCAACAUCAAGAAGUCAUGCAGCAACUAAACGACGAUUAAAUUCGACAGCAGCAGAACCCAAAGCAAGUGUUGUUAUAAUAGCAGAAGAUGCAACACGAAUAGAUUCAAAAACAACAACAUUAGGUUUAAGUUCAACAGGUUCAUGUUCAAAUGAUACAGAUUUAUUAAAAUCAUCAUCAUCGUCAACAACAACAUCUACACGUUCAUCAACUCGUCGUCGUGUUAAAUCAACACCACGUGAAGUUAUUUUAUUUCGUAAUGGUACAUUUGUAUCAAAAGAACCAAUAACAAAACAACAAACAACAUCAACAUUAUGUUUUGAAACAACAACAAAUAAUAAUUGUCCUAUUCCACCACCCCCAUUACAUCAACAACAAAUAACAGCAACUGGUUUACAAGCAGCUGCACAAAUUGUUGCUUGUAAUGUACUUCGACAAGCAACAUUAAAUGAUGCAUUAAUUGAACAAUUAAUAAAACGUGAACCAACAAAUACAGAUGAUGAUUUUCCAAUUUAUUGUUAUUCAAGUCCAUCAUUAUCAUCAUCAUGUACAAUGACAGCAGCUAUGGAUGAAUAUGAAAAUAGUUGUUCAACAACAUUAAAAAUUCUUGGUUGUAAUACAACAACACCAUUACAUUCAACAACAUCAAAUAAUACGACAACAACAACUAUUGAAUUACUUACAUUUGCUGCUUUGCAACAACAACAACAACAUCAACCACAAUUUUGUUAUAUUAAACAAGAACCAGGUACAACAACCACCACGACAACAUUUCUUCUUCCUCGAUUACUUCCACAGUGA